AUGGCGGAACAACUCCAUCGUGCAUUAGUUCCGUCUGAUCUUGUAGAGCUCAUUCUCAUGCGACUUCCUGUCGAGUCUCUCCUCCGAUUUAAAUCCGUCUCCAAGUCAUGGAAUGAUACGAUCUCCAGCCGGGAAUUCGCCCUUGCGCAUCUCCACCAAUCCAAGAAUAAUCCAUCGUCGUCGUCACAUCGAAACAUGUUUCUUUCCCAGUCCCUUCGUAAUAAAAAUAUAUACAGCCUCUCUAGAUUAAUGGAAAACAAUAAAUGGAAGCGAUUGCCGAAAUACUACUUUCGGCUGAGAAACCAAUCUUGCUGCCAUGGCCUAAUGCUCGCUUAUUCGAGGAGCUUUUCUCGAGUAAUCAUCUGGAAUCCAUCAGCCAGAAAGUAUACAGAUUUGGGAUUUCCUUUUCAGAAUCGCAGGCAAGUCGAGUGCGGCAUCGGAUUCGAUCCAUUAUCGGAUGAUUAUAAAAUAGUCGCCCACGAGCCAUUUACAGAACCGUACACCUUGAUUCCAUCGACGAUACGGUACACCGUGUUUGACAAUAGAAACCGGCGUUGGAACGAGUUGAAAACUACGGUGAUGGCAUUAAUGAGAGGAGAAAUGACCGAAAUCGAUCGUUACUAUAUUAAAAUAAAUUUCUUCAACAUAAGGGACGAGAAGUUUUACAAAAUUAUGUACAAAACAGGGCGAGGAUCGAGAACCGGUAGUACUUCUUAUUGUCUCGUUGAUUGUUCGUCAACUCACUUUUGCAUGCUCAUUGGAGACGCGUGCCAUGACAAAUGCCGUGUUGGAUGGAAGAAAACUGGCGGCGAAUGGACGGAGUUUGAUGAUCUGUCGAUUCCGUGGAUGGAAUUAUGGAUGAAGUCUACCGACACUUGGGAUCUGAGGAAGGUUUUGCGUCCGGAAAAUAUGUGCAAGAUGUACUUGGCCGACUACGACGAUGAUAGAGAGCUUAUAUUCAUUAUUUGUCACCGCUAUAAAACAUGUUUUAUAAUUUAUAAUUUGACUCAAAAGAAGUGUAGAGUGAUUUUAAAGCCGAAAUUUAUGUCUUCUGAAUGUCUUUGGAUGGGACAUUUAGAUAAUCUCUUUUUUAGUUAG